AUGUCGAACACGUCGGCAUCACACGCUUCCUCGCGUGGGGUAGACUAUAGGCCGUCUACCCCCGAUCAAACCAGACCUACGCUUUCUCGAUCGAGCUCCCACGCUGUCGCGCCGAAAUCAGAAUACCUUCGGAACGCGCUGCAAGCACGGAGGGCACAGGGUACGCCUACUCCUUCACCUCAGGAUAUCAAAUUACCCCCACCACCCGCGCAGAAGCCUCCAGAGAUAAGCACGCCCAAGACUUCGCCUGAUAUUUUUGAUCAAUUCGCCCUCACGGAAGAACAAACAACCCCCGUUUCGCCCAUCCGACGACGAAGACCUAGCGAUGCUGGUCCCCCUCGCUCCAGGACGAGCCGAGAACUCACAGACGAGAUCGGCAAGUUGAAGCAGACGCUCAUGACUGCCAACAUGCGAGUGGAGCUGCUGAAGAAGGACAACCGGGUGCUGCAGCAUGAUUUGACGGCCGCCAAAGAACAAGUGGAGCGACUUGAGCCACUAGAGGACGAGAAUUACGAGCUGAAUGCGGAGAACAAGCAACUCAGGCUCAAACUGGAAAAGAUGGAUGAAGAAAUGUCGAAUCUGCGAGAAAUCAACGAGGAGCAUCGGAAGACCAACAUGGAGCUCACUGCUAUAGCAAGCGAGAGCGCGGCGCACUGGGCAGAUCACGAGCUCGCCAUCGAAGAAGCUGCCGAGCACAUCAUCAAGAUGGAGGAAGAGAAGGAAUUAUUGUCGGAAGAACUCCAGCAACUCAAACAACGAGUCAUGGCUAUAGAAAGCCAUUCGCCCGCUAGCACGCUGAUCAACAGCCCUGGCAAGUUCCCACUUCGCGUCUUCAGUGUGGACGAGUCACGGCCUUCUACUUCUCACUUUGACUCGGAUUACUACAGCCAGCCAGAAUCGCCCCAAGCCAAGCAUAGUACCGCAUCGAUCAAGUCCUUCACACCUUCAGAGCGGUCGAGGAAGUUUCUUGAUCUGACGCAAGAGCGACGACGAUCUGCUCGUGAUCUCGUUGAACGCAUGUCUGCAGUAUCAUUGAGGGCACUACGUGAUGCGUCUCUUUCUCCCACACCAGAAGUCCCCGCAAUUCCUGCGGCCCACCAGCAACAGGUUCCUUCUAUCGUAGCGGAUGAUAGGUCCGCCACUCCCUCAAGACGCCGUGAGCACGUUCGCCAAAUCGAUCAGGCACGUCCGCUGUCUCUGAUGGACGCAGCAGAAAUCUCCCCACCUCGCCCGCACACAUGUGCCCCUCAAGCUCCUGACCGCCAGCCAGACGGUCUACGAGGCCUAUACCGUCCCCGCAGAACCACAAGUCGAGCUUCAACCGACCAGCGCCCAUCCUCAAGCUACAUACCCAGUACUACCAAUACACCCGGUAGUUCCCUAGGUCGUCAUCAAUCCACUCGAGAGGCCUCCCCUCACGUUCCUCCACCCAGCAGCGGGUAUAGAACCUCGGAGCGUUCAAACGAGCACCCCCAGCGUCACUCACCACGUCACCGCUCCUCCUCCGUCGACGUAGGCGCCAAUCAAACUCCCCCAACGAACAGACAUUCCAUGGCACCAGGGUGGGAAAUCACCACUCCAAACCACUCCUACUCUCCUGCCUCUAAUGCUUCUACGCUCGAUCUAACAAGCGAGGUAGAUCCACGGAAAGCGAAGGAGCAAUGGUGGCGCAGUUUAGAUCGUUUGACUCAUUCGCAGGCGAUGGCUCAACAAAUGCAAGCUCAACAGACACAAACACUGCAACGUUUUGACGCCGGGCCAAAUCCUUCUUCUUCUUCUGCUGCCUCUGCUCCUAUCAACGCCACGCUCAGUAGGAGACCUACGCCUACUGCCUCGAGUGCGCUGAACAGUCAUCCUGUGUCUGCAGAAAAGGACUUACUGUUCAAUGCCAAGGAGAGUACGGAGGACUUUAUGAGUAAGAUGAGGGGCGGUAAGGGGUCUCGAGACUCUGUUUUUUCUCUUCGUUAA